AGCGGCGAUGAAACAGCUCCCUUCUUCGGCUUCCUCGGCGCUGCAGCCGCACUCGUCUUCUCCUGUAUGGGAGCUGCUUAUGGAACAGCAAAGAGUGGUGUUGGUGUGGCUUCUAUGGGAGUUAUGAGGCCUGAGUUGGUGAUGAAAUCGAUUGUCCCUGUUGUUAUGGCUGGUGUUUUGGGUAUCUAUGGAUUGAUCAUUGCUGUUAUCAUCAGUACCGGGAUUAACCCCAAGGCUAAGUCUUACUACCUCUUUGAUGGAUAUGCUCAUCUCUCGUCUGGUCUUGCUUGUGGUCUUGCUGGUCUUUCAGCUGGAAUGGCCAUUGGGAUUGUGGGUGAUGCCGGUGUCAGGGCAAAUGCUCAGCAGCCUAAGCUCUUCGUCGGGAUGAUUCUUAUCCUUAUCUUCGCAGAAGCGCUCGCUCUUUACGGGCUUAUUGUGGGAAUCAUCCUUUCCUCACGAGCUGGCCAGUCUAGAGCGGAAUGAGAAAGUAAACCACAAGAUUGCUCAAAGGUACUUCCUUUACUUUUGUGUGCGUUUUGUUUUAUCGUGCUUAGUAUGUAUCAUCGGGAACCAAAAAAAUAUACUGGAUUCUUGGAAAUUUGUUUCGGAAGCAAAACCGCCUAUCGUCAUCUCCUUUUCUUUUCCGGUGGUUACUCUCCGAUGUAGAAUUUUUAUUGUUUGAUUCUGUAAUAAAGAGCUCUGAGGAGCUUGGUAUGUUUUGUAUUCUUGUAUUUGUCCUGAGGAAGUUAAAUACAUUUAUUUGUAAAGAAGUUUGCUUUUUCUGAAACUAUCUCGAGUCUUCUUAUGAAAUUAGCCUGCCAUGUAUCAUGUAUCUUGCUCCUCUGUUUUUGUGUUCCAAUCUUUUAUAUGAUUCAAAAGAAAAUUCAUACUAUUGA